AGGCCGUCGCCCGUCAGUGAUGGGAAGACGUCAUGACGUCAGAAGGACGUUCGGAAAAGAAGCGCGAAUGAAAUAAACACUUCGAACAGGAUUUAUUGACUACAUUUACGAAACUGAGACAGUUUUAGCUUAUGUCAGGAUGUCGUUGUUGAAGCCAUUUAGUAAGCUACCUGGUCUGAACACAGCGAACAUCUUGCUGGUGGAGAGUGAGGAGCAGUUUCAGCAGAGUUUGGCAGAUACUCUGGUGGAGGAGACUGCUUUCACUGUGAAUGUGAGACUAGCUAAGAGCCUGCCUCUGCCCGUGGAGAACGAGGAGAGUCGUCCGAGGAUAGACCUGGUGGUGUUUAUCAUCCACCUAACCUCAGAGCUCAGCUUGCAGUCAGCAGAAACUUCCUUGAAAUAUUUGGACCCUGGAUAUUUCCUGGGCAAAGUCUGCUUCAUGGUCACUAAUGCUUGUAACGCUUCAGUCCCCACAGAGCGCCUGGAUGCUGUCAGAAAGCUGGCUGCAUCACUCCACUGCCCCUUGCUGUUUGCAGAAGAUCAGAAGCUGUCUUGUGUAAUGUUCCUCACAUCCAGACACCAGAUGGUGUGACCAAUGCCACGGAGAGGCUGCUGACCAUCCUGAAGGUGGCAGCCGGCCUUGUUCCCAUGGCUACAGCUCUCUACCUGUCCAACCUGACUCGCUGUACUGUGCCGCCAGACAUCGACCAGCCGAGCUUUGAUUAACUUCUGUGGCUGUUUUCUCUGAGGGGAUGCUGCUCUGACUUUGUCGUGUACAUAUUUAUUCGUAGCAGCCCAGUGCAGCUGAAUUGGAAACAUGUUGGCAUGUUUUUUCCACUGAUCAUUUUUACAUUACAUGUUUGUGCUUUGGCUGUUAGAUGCUGCAAUUUCUGUCUCUUUCCUGUUGUAAUGCUGUAGAAUUGAAGGCCAUACAAAUACAAGUUUCACUGACACGUUACAGCAGUAAAAAUGGGUGUAAAUAAUAACAAAUUUAUCUGCUACUGCA